AUGAACAGAUCCAACUCUCAUCAUGAUAUCUAUUUUCCUAAUCGACAGCCUCAGUACCCCGUGGAGGAGCUGAGUGACGAUAGUUUUGAUCAGUUGCAAUCACCCCCACUUCACUCAACCAUAGCUUCGUCCCACCCAUAUCGCAAUAAUCUGACACAUCUUCCAUUAUUGCAUAUUGACGAAGGGCUGCAGCAUUCACUUCCUUUACCAUCCAUACCACAACACAACAACUCAUUUCAAGGGUCAAGUCUACGUGCCACAUCCCAUCCGUAUCAGUCGCUGCUGCGGACACUACUAGACUCCAAUCUGACAUCAAAGCUUGAGAAACUGGACUCUGUUCAAGCCAAUGAAUAUGAAAUGUCUGAUUUCUCAAGACAACCCACAUCCACGCUAGACCAUCACGGAGGCCUGGACGAUUAUUUAAGAAGCUACAGAAAUCCAUUUAUUGAAAAUGCCAACCAUCAUCAACUCGCUUCCGAAUUACCAGAACGCUCAGCAACAGCCAUCAACCCAUUUGAAGUUACUGAUGAGGAUUUACUAGGUCCUCGUAACCACGAUAUUAAUCGUCAUAGAGAUAAGGGGGCCAAUUAUGACUUGGAAAAGAAAAUGAGGCAUAAUGAAAGAAAUCGACUUCGUACACUUCAAAGUAAACCUCGCUUCCAUUAUACCAGACUACCGUACUUCACCAUACUUGUCACGCUAAUACAGAUUAUUGUCUUUAUUGUUGAGCUCGCCAAAAUGACCAUCCUCACAGGGUCUGGAUUCCAAACUAAACCAUAUUUCAAUCCAAUGUUGGGCCCAUCAACGUAUCUAUUCAUAUACAUGGGAGCUCGUUAUGUACCAUGUAUGCACCAAAUCAAAGGAGUUACGGAUGACACCACUAUUUUGUUCCCCUGCGCAAACUCAACUUCAGAAGAUACGUUUACCUGUUCAUUGAGUGAUUUAUGUGGAUUAUCGGGAUUGCCAACUUUUGAUGAUGGGACCAAGUACGCUCCUAAUCAAUGGUAUAGAAUAUUCAUCCCGAUUUUCUUACAUGCUGGGUUCCUUCACAUCAUAUUCAACUUGUUGUUACAAUUGACAAUGGGGGCUUCAAUUGAACGAAAUAUUGGCAUUUUGAAGUAUGCAAUCAUAUAUAUAGCCAGUGGCAUCUCGGGAUUUCUUCUUGGUGCUAAUUUCACUCCCCAGGGAAUAGCCUCAACUGGCGCAUCGGGUGCUCUUUUUGGCAUUGUGGCUACAAAUAUAAUCUUGUUCAUUUAUACGGGGACUAAAAACACAAACAUGUAUGGAACCAAGCAUUACAAACUUUUCAUUUUUUUCAUGAUUUGUGAAAUUGUCAUUUCUUUAGUGUUGGGUUUACUUCCUGGUUUAGACAAUUUCAGCCACUUGGGUGGGUUUGCCAUGGGUAUACUAACGGCAAUCUUGUUGCUUAGAGAUCCAUUUUGGGUAUUCAAAGAUGGCAUAAUUACAUAUCAACGCGAGCCAACUACGUGGCAACAAUUUAUCAAUAAUUGGAAUCCCAUGUAUGCGUAUGAAGAUAAGUUGCAAAUCCCAUUUUUGGCUUGGUGUGGAGCUAGAGUGGUUGCUUUGGCGCUAAUCAUUGCGUACUUUGUGUUGCUUUGCAAGAAUUUCUUUAAUGAGAAUUACGAUUCGUCGGAACAUUGCAAAUGGUGCAAGUAUUUCAAUUGUAUUCCAGUGAAGGGGUGGUGUGAUAUCGGUGAAGUGACUGUCACGUCCGCUUCAUCCACACCAACGGGGUCAGGGUCAGGGUCAGGAGCGAACGAUGCAUCAGCGACACCGAAUCAGACUACAAUCCCCACCGAGGUGUAUUCCACUGAGGUGUACACCACAAAAGCAUCUCAAACUGCAUCAUCAGACUCUGGUACGGACUCCUCCAAUAACAGCAGAAAUGAAGCGACCGACGGUCCGUUCAAGAGGCAAGUGUUGGACUCUUCUGAAGCAUUUGGAGCGUUCAACUCCGAUAAGGAAACUGUUCGACAAGUGGCGUCUGGAAAUUUGGCACAACAAGUUGGAGUUGGGGUUGGAUUAUACUUUACUCUUUUGCUUUUCCUAGUCGGAUUCAUGAAGAAGAAGAAGAUUAUUUAG